GCUGAUCUUAUUUUAAUGUUAUCCCAGUUUAUGGAUGCUCCUACGCGCACCUGUUGGUAUGCUCUUACAGGGGCUGUUCGUUCAACAACCUUCUUGUCCGCUUUUGUUGGAAUCUUUCAGGCUGCCAUAUGUUCCCACCGGAAGGUGGCGUCAAAGGACCAUAAGCUUGUAUAUUGGGUAGCUGGGGCUCUCUCAGGCCUCUCUGUGUUGCUGGAGAAGAAAGCUAGACGUGGCGAACUUGCCUUAUAUGUUCUUCCUCGAGCUGCAGAUUCUUUGUGGUAUAUACUAGUGAAUCGCCAUUUGCUUCCGGCUAUCAAGAAUGCAGAGGUGCCCUUGUUUUGUGCCUGUAUGGGUGGUAUUAUGUACUACUUGGAGCAUGAACCAGACACCAUGGCUCCCUUCCUCAGGGGCCUGAUCCGCCGCUUCCUUGCUAGCAGAAUCAGCAAUCCUACUCCUCCGUCAAAUAGAAGUGCCUCUUAUACAUAUCUACACACUCUCGAUGCCAUGAAGGAGCCAAAAGUGCCAGAUAACCGAGAGACUGAAACUUUAACUGCAGAGAAAUACAAUCUUGAAUCAAUUCCAGGACUUUGAGCAACUUUUUGACGCUCAGGCCAAGCUAUGUUUUUCCUAUUCAUUAUACCAUUUAUUGGUUAUCAGGCAGUUAUUCCAUGCUCAUUUCGAUUAAACUAGAAUUUUGAUCAAGUUUGAUUCUUUCCCCUUCUUUACAUAAUUGAUACAUGGCAUAAAGUUCUCAUUGUAUGUAGGUGAAAGCUAGUAGUUCUGAUGAGAUACAAAAUCUGAUCUGAUCUUGUAAAUAAAUGUAGCUAGUUUAGUUCCUGCUUUGACUGUCAUGGAUGGUAUAGUAACUAUACAAUAGUUGUGUUUAACUGUUGAAGUUGAUACAACUUAGUUUGACAUCAUAAUUAAUCCAUUUUUGAUCCCCUGAGAAUCAAUGUUCAUCAUGGCGAUUUACUUUGCAGAGUCGCUCGUGCAGCUGAAUUUCAGCCAAGUCAUUGCACCAUUAUUAUGAUCACAGCGGCAGUCUUCUCCCCCAUUUAUUGACAUUACUGUUAUUUUCCCGGUAAGAAUCAGGCUGCUUGGGCUGGUAUGUUCAGACAGAAGCUUGGGAUUAUUGGGAAAGCUGCGUUCGAACCUCACCAAUUUAGAUGAUCAAAUAUGGGGGGAAUGAUCAUGGGCUUCAUCUGUGCCAAGUUGCAUAUGGCUGAUGGUAAUGGGCCUUACAUUUCCCAUGAGUUGGGACUGUUGUCAUCCUUACCAUUGUAUGUCACAUGAAAUAAAGAAGAGAAAGAGAAAGGCGAGAGGUGAACUUGUUACUACUAAUUAGGCAAGUUAAGUGCCGAGUCUAUAAAAUACGUGCUUUAUACACCAA